AUGAGCACGACAGUUGUUGCAGCGACUCUCCUGGUUGCUAUUUCUGUCUUCUUCGCUAUGCGUCGUUUACGAGGAAGCUCGAAGGAGCCCAAGGCAGCAGAGCUCAUAGUUCGCUCGUCGGAAGCUGCCAUACGGCUCAACAAGCUCCUCGCAUCUGCUCUGCCAGAGGGCGUUGUCGUUUUGCCUCAAGAUGCUGCAACUUUCAGAAAGUCAAUGAACACCUACUGGGCGCAGCAGGAGUGUGAGGUUGUGCCAGCGUGCGUUUUCAGGCCUCAGAACGUCGACCAGCUCUGCACCGCCGUCACUAUUCUCAAAGGAGAGUACGACAGACGAAGGGAUCGGGAUGGUGAGAAAGGUGGGAUUAAGUCGGGUGGCUUAUUUGCCGUCCGUAGCGGCGGUCACUCAGCGGUCUCUCAUGCCGCGAGCAUUGAAGACGGUGUGAUGAUUGAUAUGAGCUUGUUUAGCGAUGUGACCCCAUCGGAGGACGGAUCGAGUGUCGUUAUCGGCGCAGGAGCCAGAUGGGGUCCGGUUUUUGAGACACUGGCUGCGAAGGGCCUUGCGGUUGCUGGUGGACGAAACUCACACGUUGGAGUCGGCGGCUUGACAUUAGGAGGUGGAAUUUCUUUCUUCUCUCAACGAGUCGGCUCGGUAUGCAACAACGUUCUCAGCUAUGAAGUCGUACUGGCCUCUGGAACGGCUGCCACGGCCUCGCCCACAUCUAACCCCGACCUCUGGCGUGCCCUAAAAGGCGGCGGUAACAACUUCGGCAUCCUCACCAGGAUUACUCUCCGCAGCUUCCCCUCCACCGAUAUCUGGAGCGGUUUCCUUUAUAUGCCAUCCGGCAGCGCCCAAAAGGCCCUCCAUGCCUUCUACGACUUUGUACACAGAGCUCACCCUGACAAUACUGGCGUUACAUAUGACCGUCACGCAUCCGGUCCCAUCGCUUGUUUCACUUAUCUACAGCAGCUUGGUAUCCAGGCCGUCUCGGUUAACCUUGUUCACACAAAACUCCCUGAGAAGAAGAACAAGUGGCCAGAGUGCUGGGAAACUUCGGGCUUCAAACCACUUUGGCGCUUUUGGAGCACCUGCAAGGUCCGUCCGCUCGCAGAUGCUUGUGAUGAGAUGAACUCUCUCAACCCCGCUGGUAGGCGGCAGGCCCUUGCCACGACAACUAUCAAGAAUGAUAUGGCUACUCUGCAAGCUGUUUAUACGGCUUAUAAAGAUGCCAUUGCGCCUAUCAAAAAAGCUAAUAUUAAGGGCAUGUCAUGGACGCUUGUCCUACAGCCCAUGCUAGCAAACUGGGCCGGGGAAGGCUGUGACGGAAACCCGUUCGGCUUAGCUGAUACUAAGGAGCCUCUUGUGAUUGUCUCUUUUACCGUCAACUGGAUUGAGAAGAAUGAUGACAAGCUCUGUCAGAAACUGACUCGUGAGGCAAUUGAGCAGAUCGAUGCUGCUGCUACUGCUAAUGGAACCAGCCAUCGGUAUCGAUAUAUGAACUACUGUGGAGACUGGCAGAGACCAUUUGAAGGAUACGGAGAGGAAAACGCAAAACUUUUGCGCAGUGUAAGCAAGAAGUAUGACCCAGACGGCUUGUUUCAGAGAGGCUGUGUAGGUGGGUUCAAGCUUGAUAUAGAAGACAGCUAA